AUGAGUAAAGAUUUUCCUGCUAAGCCACCACAUCCUUCUACACUUGAGAGCAUUGAUUUAUCAAAGUUAGAUCCACAGUUAGUUUUGGAUAAGGCAUCGCAGAGAUGGUUAUUCGAGGAAGGAGACCAAGAAUAUGAAUAUGAUUACAUAAAGGAGCAAUGGGUAAACACUUCUAAAAGAUCACUAUCAGAAGAUGAUACGAACAAAGAAGAUAUCAAGCGACAACGGAAACAAGAUAUGAGUAAAUUGAAGGAAGAAUUGAAUAGUUUGAAACAGAAGAAAAAGAACAGCAGUAUAUUUAUAUCAAAUUUACCAGUCGAUUCUGGGUUUUCGGAAAUCGAGGAAGCAUUUUCAAAGUAUGGUAAAAUAUCUGUUGGAAAAGAUGAAAAACCUCGAAUAAAGAUGUACACUAAUGAGAAAGGUUCUUUUAAAGGCGAAGCUUUGAUUAUAUAUUCGAAUCCAGAAAGUGCAUUAUUGGCUAUUGAAAUGAUGGAUAAUACCCAAUAUAAUGGCAACACCAUACGAGUUGAAGAAGCUAAGUUUGAUAACAAAAAGGAGAAUCCAAAGAAAAAACAAGAUAGCCUUUCUAAAGCUGUGAUUAUUCGAAAUAUGGUUAGAAAAGAAGAGCUUGCCAAUGAUAUACACAUCAAGCAAGACAUAAUUGAUGACAUCAAGGAAGAAUGUAAAAAUAUAGGCAUAUCUGAUAUCGAAGAUAUAGUGUUUAAUGAGGAAAAUGCAACGGUUCUAGUAAAGUUUUCCAAAGAAGAGCUGUUGUUGUUAUGCAUCAAGAAGUUUCAUAAUCGAUAUUACGACGGUUUGACAUUGGAUGUCCAAGAAUCAAAAGUCAUAUGA